GCGCAGGGACUGCCUCAGACAUAGAUGUUCAUGCAUACCUCUGCCUGAAAACUUUCUGCGCGACUCGAAGGAGGGCUCGUGCGCUUGUGCAAUUGGUUGACAAGAGCGCAGUGCGCUGACUGUCCUCCGAACAACGAGAGGCUGACUACUUAGUCGUUCUGGAUUUAAAUGACCUGUAAACAGUAUCAGCAGGUUUGACAGGACAUCCUUACACUAUUUCAUCAAUUGCAGGUAGAGCCCACCUGACCCACGACCCAGAUUCAUCAGAAGACCCUCUCAAAGAGCCUGGUCAGCAGUCUGGAGAAGCCAUGGAGAGGAAUGAGAGGUCCACCCCCGUCCCUGGCAAAGAGAAAGAGGUGGAUAUCAUCAAUAUCAAGGGCAUUGAGGAUAUAGGCUAUGUUCAGCCGGAUUCCAUACUCCUGAAUUGCCUGACACCUGAGGAGAACACAGGAUGUCAGCAUGGCCUGUACUUCCAGGACGGAGAGAGGCGGGUGGACUACAUCCUCACCUACCACAUCAAAAAGCCCAGCAGCUCACGCUCCAACCGACAGUCCUCCCGCUUCACUGACAACGCCUUUACACGGAGCCUCCGCCGUGGGACAGCCAGGCUGGGACGAGCGCCACCCCCUCAGCCCAGAGGUGACCCGGAGGUGGCCUCCCAAGACCACAGCAUGGACUACCACGUGGACGACAAGCGCCUCCACCGGGAGGAGUUUGAGGGCAACCUGAGGGAUAUGGGCAUGGAGCUGGAGAAGGAUGAGGAUACUAAAACUCCAGGUGUGGGCUUUGUGAAGAUUCAUGCUCCAUGGCAUGUGCUCUGUCGAGAGGCAGAGUUCAUGAAGCUCAAGAUGCCCACGAAAAAAGUAUAUGAAAUGAAGCAGAGUACGGGUGUUGGGGCGAAGAUCAACACAUUGGUAAACAAAGCGACAGAACCUCUCUAUCCCAACGUGGAGGAUAACAGGACACACAAUGUUAAGCAUCUCUCCUACAUGUUCUCCAGAGAAAAACAACACUUGUUUGAUUUAUCAGACAGAGACUCCUUCUUUGAUAGUAAAACAAGAGCUUCAAUAGUUUUUGAAGUAUUGAAACGUACAAAAUGCACAAAGGCUAAGUAUAGUAUGGGGUUCACCAGCCUGCUAGGGAGUGGAGUCUACACAGAUGCCUAUCCACUACAUGAUGGAGAUUUGGAUGGUGAAAACGUUGAGCCCAAUGAUAGGAAGCUCUUGUAUGAGGAGUGGGCGAGUUACAGUGUAUUUUACAAAUACCAGCCUAUCGGGCUAGUAAGGAAGUACUUUGGGGAGAAGAUAGGGCUGUACUUUGCAUGGCUGGGGCUGUACACCCAAAUGCUGAUCCCUGCUUCUCUAGUGGGAGUCAUCGUGUUCCUGUACGGCUGUGCCACCGUAGACGACAACAUUCCCAGCAUGGAGAUCUGCCACCCCAAGAACAACAUCACCAUGUGCCCGCUGUGUGACAGAGCCUGUAGCUACUGGAAACUGAAGGAAGCCUGCGGGACGGCCCGGGCCAGCCACCUCUUUGACAACCCUGCCACCGUCUUCUUCUCCAUCUUCAUGGCCCUCUGGGCUGCCAUGUUCAUGGAGCACUGGAAGAGAAGACAGAUGCGUCUCAACUAUGAAUGGGAUCUGACAGGCUUCGAGGAGGAGGAGGAAGAGCUGAAGGACCACCCACGAGCUGAGUACGAGCUCCGAGUCAUGCAGAAGUCCCUGAAGAAAGAACACAAGACACAGAAGACAGAGAAAGAAAAGCUGACGUGCAAAGACCGGUUACCAGCGUACAUGACCAACUUAGUUAUGAUGCUUUUAAUGAUCGGGGUAACGUUUGCCAUAGUGUUCGGAGUCAUCCUUUACCGGAUAUCCACCAAGACAGCGCUGCACAUGAGCAACAACCCCACCACGCGGUCCAACGUCCGUCUGACGGUCAAAACUACCGCUGCCAUCAUCAACCUGGUGGUCAUUCUGAUCCUAGAUGAGGUGUACGGAGCUGUCGCCCGCUGGCUCACUGUCCUCGAGGUUCCAAAGACAGACAAGAGCUUUGAGGAGAGAUUGAUAUUCAAAACGUUCAUUCUGAAGUUUGUGAAUGCCUUUACCCCCAUCAUAUACAUAGCAUUUUUCAGAGGCAGGCUUGUUGGUCGACCUGGAAGUUAUCUUUAUGUGUUUGAGUCGUAUCGAAUGGAAGAGUGUGCUCAUGGAGGAUGUCUGAUGGAGUUGUGUAUUCAGCUCAGUAUCACCAUGUUGGGAAAGCAACUCAUCCAGAACAAUUUAUUUGAGAUUGGCAUUCCGAAGCUGAAGAAGCUGAUAAGGUACAUCAAGUCCAAGAGAAGGUCCUUCCAGGAAGAGGAGAGAGAGAAGAAGUUACAGCGCUAUGAGACGGACCACUUCCUAGAGCCCUUCGCAGGCCUCACGCCAGAGUACAUGGAGAUGAUAAUCCAGUUUGGGUUUGUGACCCUGUUCGUGGCAUCGUUCCCGCUGGCCCCACUUUUCGCCCUCCUUAACAACAUCAUCGAGAUACGCCUGGAUGCCAAGAAGUUUGUGGCCGAGCUCAGGAGGCCGGUCGCUGCAAGGGCGAAAGACAUUGGAAUAUGGUACAACCUUCUCCGAGCUGUGGCUAAAGUGGCUGUCAUCAUAAAUGCGUUUGUGAUCUCCUUCACGUCAGACUUCAUCCCGAGGCUGGUCUACCAGUAUAUGUACAGCCCAGACGGCUCCAUGCACGGCUUCGUCAACCACACCCUGUCCUACUUCAACGUGAGCAACUUCCAGGACGGUAAAGAACCUAUGGACCCACAGCAUCAGGUGGAGAUGUGUAGGUAUAAAGACUACAGGGAGCCCCCAUGGUCCAACACACCCUACGUCAUCUCUAAAGAGUUCUGGGCGGUCCUGGCUGCCAGACUGGCCUUCGUCAUUGUCUUCCAGAAUGUGGUGAUGCUGAUGAGUGACAUCGUGGACUGGCUGAUCCCAGACAUCCCCAAAGACAUCAGCCUUCAGAUCCACAAGGAGAAGAUCCUGAUGGUGGAGCUGUUCAUGAAGGAGGAACAGGGCAAGAUUCAGUUCAUAGACAGCAUGAUACCUUGUGGUGGCAAGGAGAAGCGCAACAACCAUGCCCCUAUAGCCCGCUCACGCUCCAUCCCACACACACACAGUCACACACACGCCAACAACUUCUAGCAGCUGCUGUAAGGUGUAGCCUAGCUAGCCAGGCAAAGGGUUACUACUGUCUGUAUCCUUUUCCUUGUCCAGACAUUCCAUAGAAAGGGAGAGGUGCUCCCUAAAAGAUGUUGUUGAGACCCAACGAGGAGAAACAGAAACUGUCCCAGUUCUCAAUGCCUAUCUGUCAAACCUCUCAGUGAAUUACUAGCUAACUAGCUAACUGCCAACAAGUUAACUAACUGCCAACUACUGGGGUCAUGGGCUUAGAGGUCGCAAAUAUGCCAUUUAGCUACCGCUUUUAUCCAAAGCGACUUACAGUAGUGCAAAUUAUAGCGGACCAUGUUCAAUGAGAGAAAAAAGUAUUUUAACAUUUUUUUUCCUUUGCAUAAUGCUGUCAAGAAAAUGUAUUUUGUAACAUGCUUUACAGUGCUGUAUGUCUGGCAUACAAGGUAUUUCUAUGUCUGCCUCUUUUUAAAAGGAUGUAGAUGAUACGUUAGCCUUUACUGUUAUGACUCAACCAUGUUCAUGGUGCAAACAAUCACUCUCGGAAUGUUUUAUUCAAUUACAACAGAUUUUUUUUUCGUUCUUAAUGUGCUUUGUUCUCAAAAUUAAUAUUUUUUAUUUACAUAUUUUAUUGAUUAUAUUUUCAUCGAUUAAACAUUUAAAAAGUAAUUGGAUAUUAUGAAAUGUAUGUGUGUAGAGCAAAUAAUACAAUCUUAUUCUUAAAUGGGUGACAUGUUUUUUAUGUCUUUGAUACAAAGAUCUCAAAUGGUAUUAGCUACCAAGCUCAUUAUUAGUUAACAAGCUCACAGUUGAGGGCUGUUUGUGGGCUCCCAUGCUACCAUAGAGUUAAAGCAGUUAUUACAUGGACUGUAUUAUAGCAUGAGAUUCAAAAGGCACUGCUUAACAGAUACUUCUAAACAUAGUAAAAUAGGUUGAAUUACUUUACUUCAGAACAUAAUAAACUCAGCAGUGUUACAAAUAUCCCCUAUUAUAAAAUGCACAGUUCAGGCCAGUCUAACCCUGCCAUAAUACAGACUGAUCCUCUAUUGCUUCUUUUUUGCUUCAAAGCCAGGCAGGAUAUUAUUUUUGGAACUUUUAAACUGUACUUAAAACUGUAUAUUGUUUACACUUACUUCUGUCUACUGGAUAUACUAAGAAAAUAUAAUAUUUCUCGUUCUUUACUUGCCAUUCUUCAGAAGACAAGGACACUUUGAUCCUUUUAUAUGUCAAACUAAUGUAUUCAUACAAAAGUGAACAUCAUUUCAUAGCAGCAUAUUUUACUGUAUUGAUACCGACUAUGUUGUAAAUGUUUAGGAGAUCUGCCUAUUCUUUUUUGAUGUGACAUUGAAUAAAUAAUGCAUUAAAUUGAAUGUAAACAAUAAAUAUAUGUUGCUGUGG